GCUUGCAUUCUGAUUAGGAACACUGGGAUCACUUUCAUCAUGCCUACAGUUGUGGUAAUGGACCUAUCCCUUUCCAUGACCCAACCUGUGUCUAUCGAGGGGUCCCAGGAAUAUCAGCACAAGCACCUGGCAGCCCAUGGUUUGACAAUGCUGUUUGAGCACAUGGCCACAAAUUACAAGCUUGCAUUUACCGCUCUGGUGAUGUUUUCAUCACUCUGGGAAUUGAUGGUUCCCUUCACAAGAGACUAUAACACCCUACAGGAAGCACUAAGUAAUGUGGAUGACUAUGAUAAAACCUGCUUGGAGUCUGCAUUAGUUGGUGUUUGCAAUAUGGUUCAGCAAGAAUGGGGUGGUGCAAUUCCUUGUCAGGUUGUUCUGGUGAGAGAUGGCUGUCUUGGCAUUGGUAGAGGGUCAGUGCGGCACUCCCUGGCUACUCAAAGCCAAUGCAGCAAGAGCAACAGGUUCCCACUACCUUUUCCUUUCCCACCUAAGUUAUAUAUCAUGUGCAUGGCAAACCUGGGAGAGCUUCAGAGCACUGAUUCCCUAGAUUGCCUUGAACAUCUUAUAGGUGUAAGCAGUGGUGAAGGGCAGAUUUUUACUACUGAUGGUCCCUUGUGCUUGAAAAAUGUACAGUCUAUGUUUGGAAAACUGAUAGAUCUGGCAUAUACACCUUUCCAUGCUGUUCUCAAGUGUGGACACCUAACCGCUGAUGUGCAAGUCUUCCCCAGGCCAGAACCUUUUGUUGUAGGUGAGGAAAUCGAUCCUGUCCCUAAAGUCAUUAACACAGAUUUGGAAAUAGUGGGCUUUAUUGAUACAGCUGAUAUUUCAAGUCCCCCAGCUCUAUCCAGACACCUGGUCCUACCUGUAGCACUUAACAAAGAAGGUGAUGAGGUGGGUACUGGUAUAACUGAUGACAAUGAAGAUGAAAAUUCAGCCAAUCAGAUUGCAGGCAAAAUACCCGAGUUUUGUGUCCUGCUCCGUGGCAGCCUAAAAGUGGAAGGAAUGGUGGCGAUAGGUCAGUUAGGUCCUAAAUGGCAUGGAAUGCUCUACUCCCAAGCUGACAGCAAGAAAUCAAACCUCAUGUCUCUGUUUAAGCCUGGCCCAGAAGCUCUCCCAUGGCUAGGGAAAAUGGCACAGUUGGGUCCUAUUUCAGAUGCUAAAGAGAACCCUUAUGGUGAGGAUGAUAAUAAGAGCCCAUUCCCCCUGCAGCCUGAAAACAAACGCAGUUAUGCCCAGAAUGUGACUGUGUGGAUCAAAGCCAGUGGUCUGCAGACAGAUGUACAGAAGAUUUUAAGAAAUGCAAGGAAACUACCUGCAGACGAAAAAUCGCAGACGUUCUAUAAGGAGCUGAACCAUUUACGAAAGGCUGCCUUGGCCUUUGGUUGCCUGGACCUGCUCAAAGGGGUGGCUGACAUGCUAGAAAGGGAGUGCACGCUGUUGCCUGACACAGCGUACCCCAAUGCUGCGUUCCAGCUGACCCACACCACCCAGCAGCUCAAGCUGGCCAGUACUGCCACCUCCGAGUAUGCUGGGUAUGACCACAACAUCACACCUUUGCAGACAGACUUCUCUGGGAGCAGUGCUGAAAGAAUGUGA